CGUGUCGUUAAGCUGGUCGAGCAGUAGAAGAAGAGUGCAACUCAGCUCAGUUCUCCUUUUUUUCUUCUGUAAACAAGAAAUGUGAAUCUUUGACAACUUUUGAAAACAGUCAAUCGGGUGGCCGCCAGCACCACAUGAUGAACGAUGAGCGCUUGCAAAACUUGAAAGCCGGCGGCUGCCAUGAGCGGUGAAAGGUCGGCGGCGUGACUGUCAGAGAAUGGCCGCGGAGUUGUUUCCCACCAAGAAGCUUCUUCCGUCCGCCUUGGCGCAGCAGCAACAACAGCAGAAGCAGAGCCAACAGUCCCAGCACACACACGACCAACAGAACCUGAGCAACAACAACAGCACCUCCAGGCAGGCCGGCUGCACUUGGCAGGGCCUGUACCCCACCAUCCGGGAGAGGAACUCAGUCAUGUUUAACAACGACAUGAUGGCAGAUAUCUACUUUGUGGUGGGACCGCCAGGUGGGACACAGCGGAUUCCGGGCCACAAGUACGUCCUGGCCGUGGGAAGCUCUGUGUUCCACGCCAUGUUCUACGGCGAGCUGGCCGAGGAUCAGGACGAGAUCCGCAUCCCCGACGUGGAGCCGCCGUCCUUCCUCGCCAUGCUCAAGUACAUCUACUGUGACGAGAUCGAACUGUGCGCUGACACGGUUCUGGCCACGCUAUACGCCGCCAAGAAGUACAUCGUGCCGCACCUGGCGCGAGCCUGCGUGAAUUUCCUGGAAACGAGCCUGAGCGCCAAGAACGCCUGUGUGCUUCUGUCUCAGAGCUGCCUGUUCGAGGAACCUGACCUGACGCAGCGCUGCUGGGAGGUGAUCGACGCUCAGGCCGAGCUGGCCCUGCGCUCCGAGGGCUUCUGUGACAUCGAUGUGCACACGCUGGAGAGCAUCCUGCGCCGCGAGACGCUCAAUGCCAAAGAGAUGGUGGUGUUCGAGGCGGCGCUCAGCUGGGCCGAGGCCGAGUGCCAGCGCCGGGACUUGAGGCCCACCAUUGAGAACAAGAGGCUGGUGCUCGGCAAGGCCAUCUACCUGAUUCGCAUUCCCGCCAUGGCUCUGGAGGACUUCGCCAACGGGGCGGCGCAGUCCGGGGUGCUGACGCUAAACGAGACCAAUGACAUCUUCCUAUGGUACACGGCGGCCAACAAGCCCGAGCUGCUGUUCUGCAGCAAACCCCGCCAAGGUCUUGCGCCGCAGCGCUGCCAUCGCUUCCAGUCGUGCGCUUACCGCAGCAACCAGUGGCGCUAUCGUGGACGCUGCGACAGCAUCCAGUUCGCCGUGGACAAGCGCGUCUUCGUGGCCGGCUUCGGCCUGUACGGCUCCAGCUGCGGCUCGGCUGAAUACGGCGCCAAGAUGGAGUUGAAGCGUCAGGGCGCGGCCGUGGCGCAGCGUGUCAUUAAGUACUUCUCGGAUGGCUCCAGCUCCACCUUCGCCGUGUGGUUUGAGCACCCGGUCCAGAUAGAGCCCGACGCCUUCUACACGGCCAGCGUGGUUCUCGACGGAAACGAGCUCAGCUACUUCGGACAGGAAGGCAUGACCGAAGUGCAGUGUGGUAAGGUCACCUUCCAGUUCCAGUGCUCCUCAGACAGCACCAACGGAACCGGCGUGCAAGGUGGUCAGAUACCAGAACUCAUCUUCUACGCCUGAGGUGCCAACACAGGCGUCAUGGAUCAUAUGGAAAGCCAUUUGAGCAUUUAUUACAUUUAUUCAUACAAGUAUGUGCUUUUGUCCUCACUACGAUGGACAAUUCAGCACACUUGUAGAAUAUAAUUUGACAAUUGACAGCUGAUGUCAAGUCAAGUUUACCUUUUAUAUGGGUCAUUUUCAUAUAAUUUGAUCAGUAAUGAUGGACCUCUAAUUUAGCAUUUUUUUUUUUUAUUGGGUAAUGUCUCCCAAGCUGAAACAGCCACGCCUAAAAUCCUAUUUUUUUAAAGUUAUUGAUUUAAAAUUGGAGACAAAAAAUUGGAACUGUACAACAUAAGUGCCCGGCAUAUAAGCAAUUCAGCAUACUAGUAUGAUAGUGAAUAAAUGCUCUAAAGCUAAAGCUGUUGCUCAUUUGUCCGAUGUCAUCUUAAGCUCUAUGUACUAGUGUGCGUUUUGUCCUCACUAGUAAGACAAUUCAGCAUACUAGUAGGUUAUCUAAUAAAUUCUCUAAUGGCUAUAGCUGCGAACAAAUUGUCUUACCAGUGGGUACAAAAAGCACUACAUACAUGGACCUUAAGAUGAUAUGGAAUAAAUGCUCAAAAUGGCUUUCAUAAGUUUGCGCUUUCUAUCUCCUUCGAUGCAACCGAGAAGCGUCUGCUGACUUCCUGUUCACCUGCACCACAGAAGAUGUGAAUUUCUUUCACGUUUCUUCGCAAAGUUCUGAAGUGAGGCAACAACUCAAAAGAAAACUAGGUUUUGAUCUCAUCCUUUGCCUGGUUUUGUGUUGUCUGUGAAAAAUCAUAAAACUGUAGACUCUUUCUUUGCCUUAAAAAUAAUCGGACACAAAAACUUUGCCUCUGAAAACACUAAGAGGUGACAUUUUAUGUUGUUUUUACCAAGUACGUGGUCACGUGUUUGUGUCAGUCGUUUUCUGUGUCCGACCAAGUUUUUUCACGUCUUUGCUGAAUGUGCGCGAUGGCGGCAGUGGCCUUAAAUCAUCAAAAUAAAAACAUUCUAUCGUCUUGA